CAGAACGACGCACGCCGCCCCGCUUCCUUCGCUCGCUCGGACCGCCCCUCCGCCCGCCGCCGGAGCUCCACCCUCCCACCCCGCCCGCCGGUCCUCCUCCCGCCCCCGCAGGUCCUCUACCGCGCGAUCCCGUCCCGUCCCGCCCUGCCUUCCGCUCGACCCCAGCUCGGCCUCGUCCACGAAUCGAGGGAGGGAGGUUCCUCUCAGAGCUUACUCUUCAGAAGGAAUGGGAGAUAGAGAAAGGCGAGUGGUGUUUGUCACAGUAGGGACGACAUGUUUCGAUGCUCUUGUCAAAGUGGUAGAUUCUGAGGAACUCAAACAAGCACUACUGCAGAAAGGUUACACAGACCUUCUGAUUCAAAUGGGCCGAGGAACAUACAAGCCAUCCAAGGCCUCAGGAAAUUCAAGUCUUCAAGUUGAGCAUUUCACUUUUUCACCAAGCAUAGCUGACAACAUACGGGAAGCAUCCUUAGUCAUCAGUCAUGCAGGUUCUGGCAGCAUAUUUGAGACGCUGCGACUGGGCAAACCUCUUAUCGUGGUUGUGAAUGAAGACCUGAUGGACAAUCACCAAAGCGAGCUAGCAGAGGAACUGGCCGAGAGGAAUCACCUUUUCUGUGCCCAUCCACAGACGUUGCGGGAGAACGUCGAGGCGAUGGAUCUGAACGCGCUCCAGCCUUACGUGCCAGGAGAGGCCAAGCCAGUUGUGGCACUGAUAAACAGAUUUCUUGGUUUUCCCGUUGAUUGAUAGUGCGUGUUUUCUCUUCAUGGAGCAAUCAUUUAUUCAGCUUUGAAAGGCCUGUAAGAUGUGAGCAAAGAUUUCAAGAAUGUACAGAUUUACACCGUUUUAUGGCGAGAUGAUUUUCUGGGUUUGACCUCAUUUGUAAGAUGCAAUUUAAGAACACCAAAAUGAAGUUAUUACGGAUCCAAA